UCACAAUUUCAACCUUAAAAGCAACGUCUGAGUAAACAUUUUAAACAAUCUUUCUUUAUCUUAAAAUCUAUAUUAAGUCAUGAAGGAGAGACAGAGUCAAUUGUGAACCUGCCAAAAUACCUCCGUGACCCGACAUAUAUGUGUCCAUUUAUCAAUACCUUAUUGUUUCAGAGAAUACGGAAAAGUUGUGAAAAUGGAGGAAGACAGUGUUACCGAAUGUGAUAUUAAAACAGAAAUUCUUCCUUUUCCUACAUGUUCUGUAUUUGUGAAAGAGGAAGAUGUUAAAACAGAAAUAUUAGAACUUGAAGACACUCCGCUAAAUUUCGAGGAAAAUUGUUUACAGUCAGAUUUAAAGAAAUAUUCAUGUUACAAAUGUGAAUAUUCCUCAGCAAGGGCACAGGAUUUAAAGAGACAUAUUGAGAGUAUUCACGAAGGAGUAAGAUAUUCGUGUGAUAAAUGUGAUUAUAUAGCAACACAGCCACAAAAUUUACGAAUGCAUAUUAGGACUAAACACGAAGGUGUAAAUUAUCCCUGUUUUAAGUGUGAUUAUGUUGCAAACAGUUCAGGCAUUCUCAAGACACACAUAGAAAGUAAACACGAAGGAUUGCGGUAUCCCUGCAAUAUCUGCAAGUAUGCUGCAACAACAGUCGGACAUUUAAAAAGGCACAUGGAGAGCAUACAUGGUGGAGUGAGAUAUCCAUGUGACAAAUGUGAAUAUGCAGCAACAACGUCAAAUAGUUUAAAGAUUCAUAUUGAGAGUAAGCAUGAGUUAAAGAGAUUCUUAUGUGAGAGAUGUGACUAUGCUGCCACUCAAAAAAGUAGUUUGAAGAGACACAUUGAGACCAAGCACGAAAGGGUAAAAUAUCCCUGUGACAAGUGUGAUUAUGCUGCAGCCAAUUUAGGAUAUUUAAAGAAACAUGUAAAUAGAAAACAUGAAGGAAUUAGGUAUUCAUGUGAUAAAUGUGCGUAUGCAGCAGUUUCAGUUGGGGAGCUGAAAAAACACAUAAAAAGCAUGCAUUUAGAUAUUUCUAUUGAUUCUAUGUAAACCAUGUGUACUAUGUAUGUUUUACUCCCUAAAUAUAAUAAAAAAUACUUAA